UUAGCAAUUUGAAAUUGAAAUUUGAAUUAACAGAGAGAAAUUUGGAAUUUCGAAGCCUAUAAUAUCAAGAUCCCAACGGCUAAUCCACACACAUUGCUCUCUCUCGCUCUCUCUUCUUCCACACCACAUUGCGAUCUCUCUCUCGCUCUCUCUUCUUCCACUCACAUUGCGAUCUCUUUCUCUCUUGCUCUUCUUCCUGAAUUCUCUGCUGUUGUACUGUUCUUGAUCUUCUGUUUUCGUGUUUGAUUUCGGAGAAGGAUGACAAAGAUGUCCAAGAUUUUCGGUAUCCGACGCAGAAUUCCUGUCUUGACGGUGCGGAAGAGACGGAGCUCUUCGUCUCCUUCUCUUUCUUCUAGGGUUCCCAUCCAACCACAAAACCCAGAGCCCGUCAGCUCCAACGGCCUCAAGAUCCGAUCAGCGUCGUACGAUUCUCUCGGUACACUAACCGGUUGCAUCGACACCAUGAACGAAGAUGUCCGACAGCUCUUCCUGUCUUCCGACAGGGAUCUUCGGAAGAACCCAGAUCUGCUUGACCUGGCCAACGAUUUCUUCAACACAAAUGCUGAAUUAUAUGUUCUCUGUGAAUCUCUGAAGAAAUCUCUGGGGAAAGCUGAUCUUGGAGAAACCCUAAUUCUCCACAUUCUCUCUGGUUUCGUGGAGGAAAAGAGAGAAGAAGGGAAUUUCAGCAAAACUCUCCAGAAUCUUAGGAGUUUCAAAGAUUUCACCAGCGACGACCCUUUCGCCGGAGAAUUCACCAAGCUGUUUAAGAGCUGUCACGCCGAUCUCGUCAAGGUGAUCGGAAAACUGAAUCUGACGACCAAAAAGCUCAACAGGAAACUCCGGAGAAUACGCCGGCGCCGGAGAGUUACGAUAACGCUGUUCCUCGCGGCGGUUGCCACCGUGGUUAUCUCGGCUGUCCUGGUCGGUGUAACGGUGGCUCCGCCGGUGCUGGCAGCGUUGGGAGCCGCCGUCUCGUUCGUGCCGAUGGGUUCUCUGGGUGUUUUCAUUUCCACCGUAUGGCUGAAAUCGCGAAACGCUCUGAAACGCCAAAAGGCAGCGAUUAGUUCGAUGGAGCGGGGGACGGGUCUUGCGUUGAGCGAAGUCGCGAAAAUCAGCGGUUUGGUGAAUCAAUUCGAGGACGUGAUGAAAUCAAUGGAGGAGACGGUGGACAGCGCGGCGGCGGAGAAGAAAUCGCGGUUGGAAUGGGUGAUGGGCAAGGUGGAGAAGGACUUGCUGACGUACAGAAACGUCAUCAGCGUUUUGCGGCGCGAAGGGGGGCGGUGCGACCAGGACGCGCGUUUGAGCAGAGACGUUGCUCGGGACAAGAUAACCCAAUACCUCUGUGAAUGAUUUUUUUUUUUUGUAUUAGAUUGUAGAUAUUUUGUUUUUGGUGUGUGGAGUUCUCUUUUUUACUUAGACUCCCACCACCAAGUUUACUAAUAAAAAUAAAGAAAUGGGUAAUAAAUGGUAUUA